AUGUAAGAUUUAUCACUUUGCAUAGUACUUUUUCAGUUUCAUUAAUACUAAGAAACAAACAUUCACAAAUUUGUCACGAUUUUCCUUGUUUUCAGGCCCUCGUAGAAUAAGCGCGGGAUGAGUAGGCAUUGACUAACUGGAGGUGGUUUGUAUUGUGAAUUAUCUCUAAACAACACACAGGAAUGGGCUCCGGAUGUCUUUAUUGAAAUAUAUACUAAAACAUUCAGAUCUCUAUUGUAUUAUAAUCUUAUUUACAAUCAUUGUGAUCAUGAAAAAAUGAAUAUCCCUAUGCUACGAUACGAACUAGUACAUUCACAUCACUGGCUGCCCUGGAGAGGGAGGGUGGGUAAAAAGAAAUGAAUUAAAUCAUUUUCGAUCCAACUAAUUAUGAAAACAACUUGAAUUCUUGCUUAAUUGCUUGAAAUGAUUGUUUAAAUAUUUGAUAUUCAAACGGCUUCGAUUCUUUUCAAAUUGCUAAGCCCUUAGGGAGACCUUCACCCACGGUCGUGAACAAAAGUUCGUGAAAGGCAUUAUUAUUUGUGCAUAAUCCUAAGGACUGCGGGUGGCCGCUGAACGCGCACAAGCUUGUGGCAAGAACACGAGGGCUUUCGCGUGGAAUCUUGUAAAAAUAGGCCCGCGAGGGGCAUAGAUGUAGAUACAAAAAUGGCUAAUAACGACGAAUCACGAAGAACCAAUUCGGCCGUAAAAAAGCUAUCGAAGCUCAAGAUGGAGAAAAAGCGACGUUCACGAAUCAACACAAGUUUAAAUGAGUUAAGAUGUCUGCUUCUAGAUCACCGACAACUGGAUGAGUUGCAAGUUGCGCUCAUGGAGAAGGCGGAGAUUCUAGAAACCGCUGUACAAUUCUUAAAGGAACACGGACUAGGCAGGUCACAAACACAGACCAAUCACCGUCUAGCUGGAUACAGCGCAUGCGCUAAAGAAGUCUACUGUCGACUGCGCAUGCUUGAUAAUAUUGACGACAGCCUGCGCGAGCGCAUGGUUUCCUCCGUGUAUAGCCGCUGUGCAGUCUUACAACAGACUCACGGUCCCCUUGAGUCUACGAUUCUACCAGAACACGCUUCAGAUCUACAAGGGCAAAAUGCCGUGUUUUCUUCUACCGAAUGCCAUCCCCUUGGGGCAUACCGUCUCUUGUCACUACAGGUCAGCGGAAACGCAUGCGCAAAUUGAAGGACAACGAUAUGGAAGCAUUUGGAGACCUUGGUGAUUUCGCUGCGCAUGCGCAUGUAGGCGAUACACAGUCACUAUCAUCGGCUACUUGACUUACCUGUCAUCAGAGUUUGACGAACGAAUUUGAAAUUAGAACUUACAAGGUACCCGUUAUAAAUAGGUUGUCGAGUUGAAUAAACCCUCAAACCCUCAA